AUGGGGCACCCAGGCCCCCAGAACCUGACCUGCGUGUCCUACAAGCACCCGAGCGUGCGGGGCGCGCUGGGGGUCGCGGGGGGCGCGGCGGCCGCCGCCGUUCGCUGCCCCCCCGGGCAAUGCUGCGUCGGCAUCUGGAACCGCAGCCACGCUCUGGUGCAGGGCUGCUGGGGAGGCCGGGGGGACGCCUGUCCCUCGGCCACCUGCGCCCCCAGCCCCGCGGGCCACCCCGGCAGCUCCGUGCUCCUGUGCCUGUGCCACGGCCACCUCUGCAACGGCAACGCCACCGCGACAGCGACGGCGACAGCGACAGGACUGCGCUGGACAAGGGCCCGCACGGGGCGGCCACCGCGGGGGGAGCGGAGAAUCGGGGUCCCCCCGGAGCCCCCCAGCUCGGACCUGCCUGCGCUGGACUUCCUGCAGGUGCUGCAGUCGGGGCGGUUCUCGGCGGUGUGGCGGGGGACGCUGCGCCAGCGGCCCGUGGCCAUCAAGGCGUUCGCGGCCGGGGCUGGCCGGAGGUUCGCGGCCGAACGCGCCGUGCACGCGCUGCCGCUGAUGGAGCACGAGAACGUGGCCAGGCUGCUGGACACCCGCGCGGCCGCGCCCCGCGCCCGAGGGGGGCUCCUGGUCCUGCAGCUCUACCCGGCCGGCUCCCUGCGCCACUUCCUGGGGCAGCACGUGGGGACCUGGGCGGGCAGCGUGCGCCUGGCGCUGUCCCUGGCCCGCGGCUUGGCCUUCCUGCACCAGGAGCUGUGGCGUGACGGGCUGUACAAGCCCAGCGUGGUGCACCGGGACCUGAGCAGCCAGAACGUGCUGGUGCGGGAGGACGGGACCUGCGCCAUCGGCGACUUCGGGCUGGCGCUGGCGCUGCCACCGCUCUGGUGGCCCCGGUGGCCCCGGUGGCCCCGUGUCCCCCAGCUCAGGGCCCCGGGCCCGCAGGCGGGCACCCAGCGGUACCUGGCACCCGAGAUCCUGGACGAGAGCCUGGACCUGCGGGCCUGGGGCCGGGCGCUGCGCCAGGCCGAUGUCUACGCGCUGGCGCUGCUGCUCUGGGAGAUCCUGUCCCGCUGCCAGGCGCUGAGCCCCGGAGCCCCGGUGCCGCCGUUCCGGCUCGCGUACGAGGCCGAGCUGGGCUCCAGCCCCACCGGGGCUCAGCUCCGCCGUUUGGCUGCGGACGAGAGGCGGCGGCCGCUCAUCCCCCCGGCCUGGCACCGCGCCCCCCAGCCCGGGGGUGCUCUGCCGGAGCUGCUGGAGGAUUGCUGGGACCCGGACCCCGAGGCGCGGCUCUCGGCCGAGCGGGCGCUGCAGCGGCUCCAGCGCUUGGCCGCGGGGCCCGCACCGGCCCCGGGCGACCCCGCGCCCCGCCAGGUCCUGGAGUCUCCUGCCAUGUGGAACCCUGGUGCAGGUACAGGGGGACACCCCGAGCUGGGGGGGCUGCCGUGA